CGCCCGCAGACCGUAGAGGCUGAGGAGAGCGGGAGGACGCGCCUGUGACGCACAUCCUGUGUUCUACCCGAGGAAAAUGGCUGCGCCCCAGCCGCAGGCUUCGGCCGUUUCCUCCGCGGCGGGUGUUUCAGGUCCGGGCUCUGCCGGUGGCCCGGGUCCCCAGCAACAGCCGCAACCGACGCAACUGGUGGGACCUGGCCAGAGUGGGCUCCUGCAGCAGCAGCAGCAGGACUUCGAUCCUGUGCAGCGCUACAAGAUGCUCAUCCCUCAGCUGAAGGAGAGUCUGCAGACUUUGAUGAAGGUUGCAGCCCAGAACCUGAUUCAGAACACUAACAUUGACAACGGACAAAAGAGCAGUGAUGGACCCAUACAGCGGUUUGACAAGUGUCUGGAGGAGUUUUACGCUCUCUGUGAUCAGCUGGAACUCUGCUUGCGCCUGGCCCACGAGUGCCUGUCACAGAGCUGUGACAGCGCCAAGCACUCGCCGACGCUGGUCCCCACGGCCACCAAGCCAGACGCCGUGCAGCCGGACAGCUUGCCCUAUCCUCAGUACCUGGCCGUCAUCAAAGCCCAGAUCACCUGUGCCAAAGACAUUCACACUGCUCUGCUGGACUGUGCCAACAAGGUCACAGGCAAGACUACUGCAGCCUCAGCUGGCCCUGGGGGCAGCCUCUGAGGUCUUGGUGAGGGCGGGGCAGAGAAUGAAGACUGGCCUGAGGCAAAA